AUGAUUGUCUUGCUGGUCAUUUUUGCUGCUCUUCUGUGUCCCACCGUCCACAGUACGGAUGCUUCAGUGGAAUGGUGCUAUCACAAGGCAGAAUGCAAUUUUACCACCUGGCCUAAUAUUUUCCCUGAAUAUUGCAAUGGAUCCAAGCAAUCUCCCAUUAAUAUUGUGACUGCAAGUGUUCAGGGCAACCCUAACCUGACCUCCUUUAACUUAACUGGUUUUGAUGACAGCUCCACCUUCCUGUCAGUCUUAAACUCAGGAGAAUCCGUGGUGGUUAACCUUGAUGAUGACAAAAUGUCAGUGCAAGGAGGUGGUCUUCCAGGUCUUUACAAAACUAAACAAUUCCAUCUCCACUGGGGUAACGGCAGCUCCUCACCUGGCUCCGAACACACCGUGGAUGGCAAAAAAUACCCAAUGGAGCUGCACAUUGUAAAUGUUCAUUCAAAAUACAACGGGAGUGUGUCAGCUGCUCUAGCUGCCAAAGACAGCACAGCAUUGGCUGUUCUUGGAUUCUUCAUUGAGGGAACCAAUGAAGUGAACAAAACAAAAAGCUGGGAUAUCCUAACAUCCUUUUUGACAAGCAUCCCCAAUUCAGGUGAUACAACCACAGAUAUCAUGAAUCAAAUCACACUGAACAGUCUGAUUGAAGGUGUGGACAGGACUAAAUAUUACCGUUAUCAAGGCUCCCUAACUACACCCAGCUGUAAUGAAGCUGUGGUUUGGACCGUGUUUAAAGAGCCCGUCAAAGUUAGUCACAAUUUUAUCAACCGCUUCAGCACUACUGUCUUUUUCAAAGAUCCAGAUGCUUCAGUUCUGAUCACCAACAGCUUCAGAGGAGUUCAGCCCUUGAAUGGUAGAGUUGUGACAUCACAGGUGGAACAAACAGCAGCUUCAUCAGCGGCCACAUCCACUUUAUCUAUUAUCACAGUACUCCUCUUGUCCAGUUUGUGUUGGCUAUAGAAAUAUGCUUUGUGCACAUUUAUGAAAUGAUUUAAUUUAUUGCACUACACGGUGUACAUUUUGAUUUGCAUUUGAUCAUGACUGAGGAUAUCUGUAAAUAUAGAUUUGUAUCCCUUGUGAUUGUUGUUACAUGGGAAAAAAUAAGAUGUAAGUUAGAAGUUUAUGACAAAUAGCUGUUCCUUUUUCAACCAAAUGUGUUUCUAUUUCUAUAUAUUUUUAAAAGCAAAUGUUGUUAUCUGUGAUGAUAAUAAGUUCUUAGAUGUAUUACGCUGCUGAUGCUUUAUAUGAAGCUUCUGUGUCAUAUUCAAUAUCGGAUAAUUCAGUAGUAUUUAAAAUGAUUUGUUUUUAAAUUGUAAAACCUGAUUUGCUUUAAAUUUAGUUAUUACAUUUAAAAU